AUGAGGCCCUCAUCUCGACUCAUUUCAUCCUGUCUCUCUCGUUAUAACGCACCCUCAUCGACGACAAGAUUCUCGGCAAUUACCUCCAACUUGACCCGCUCAGUCGCAUCCCCGCAUCGUUUCUUUGCCUCAUCUUCAGUAACCAUGGGAGACUCAAUUGCAGCCUCGGAAAAGACACACAAUGCCUGGAUUGGUGCAAAAGGCCCAGCUGCCUUUGACCUGCGAAGUGAUGUGGUGACGACUCCCACUCCAGCUAUGCUGCAGGCUAUCCAGUCAUGCUCCCUGCUCGACGACGUCUUCCAGGAGGACCCUGCUACGAAUGAUCUCGAGGCCUAUGUCGCUGGACGAACUGGCAAGGAGGCCGGUCUGUUUGUCCUCUCCGGAACUAUGGGCAACCAGCUCGCCUUGAGAUCUCUCCUCACACAGCCUCCUCACUCUGUGAUUUGCGACUACCGCGCUCACAUCUUUACCUCUGAGGCCGGCGGCACCUCGGCUCUCACGGGCGCUCAGAUUCAGCCCAUCGUGCCCAAGAAUGGCAGAUAUAUGACCCUUGAGGAGAUCGUGGCCAACGCUGUGCUGGAUGACGACGUCCACGGCUGUCCCACGCGAGUCAUCAGCCUCGAAAACACCCUCCACGGCAUGGUCAUGCCCCUUAGCGAGGUGAAGCGUAUCUCCGAGUUCGCCAAAGAGCACGGCAUCAAACUGCACCUCGAUGGUGCUCGACUUUGGGAGGCUGUCGUCUCUGGAGCCGGUUCUUUGCCCGAGUAUUGCUCCUACUUUGAUACUGUCACCCUCUGCCUGUCCAAGGGUCUUGGUGCACCUGUUGGAAGUGUCCUUGUGGGAUCCAAGGCCACGAUUAAGCACGCCCGAUGGACUCGCAAGUCUAUCGGUGGUGGUCUUCGCCAGUCCGGUGUUGUGACUUCAGCUGGCCGCGUCGCCGUCGAGCAGACAUUUGGCGCAUCACCUAAUGGCGAAGACGGACCCCUCAAGGCCUCUCACGAGACAGCACGCAAGGUCGACGCUCUCUGGGCAAGCCUGGGCGGCAAAGUUGAAGAGCCGACCGAGACCAACAUGGUGUGGCUGGACCUCAAGGCCGCAGGGUGCAGCGAGAAGCGGUUCAUCGAAAUUGGCAAGGAGGAGGGACUCAAGUUCAUGUGCAACCGACUGGUGACGCACUACCAGGUUGCCCAGAACGAGGAAGAGGUGCUGAAGCGGCUGAGAGCGGUGUUUGAUAAGGUUCUCGCUGAGAAGGAGGAUUUGAGUGCGAAGCAGCAGGUUGGGAAGGGUAGUGUUUAUGUACCCCAAUAG